UGGCCCGUGGGCUAGAACGGCUUCCGGGGCGCGCGCCUCCCCGCGACCCCCAGUUUUGUGGCGCGCGCCCUGCUGUUGGUUUGGUUGCUCGCGCUGUCCGGAGUACGCGCAGAACGCCCCUUCCGAGAGGAGGGUCGGCGGCCUGGCUGACGACCGGCUUGCUGAGUGGGGAAGGUUGAGGGUUGGGCCCUUGCCCUCGUGACGUCCGGGGCAGCGGUGGCCUAGGUCUGCGGAGAAACAUAGCGGCUUUGCGGUCUGGCUUGCGGCUCUGCUCCUCCGUGAGGCGGACAGGAUUGCUCGUACUAACCGAAGAAUGCUGUUACUUAAGCGAGGCCCAUGUACUGGAAUGUUAGAAGUCUUAAGAACUCAGGACAAGCAGCAGACAUACAUGCAACAUGGUGACUGGAACCCUAAGGACUCUGCAAUAUGAAUAAUUCUCUAGAGAACACCAUCUCAUUUGAAGAGUACAUCCGAGUAAAGGCGAGGUCUGUCCCGCAACACAGGAUGAAGGAAUUUCUGGACUCGCUGGCUUCUAAGGGACCAGAAGCUCUUCAGGAGUUCCAGCAGUCUGCCACCACCACCAUGGUGUACCAGCAGGGUGGGAACUGCAUUUAUACAGACAGCACUGAAGUGGCUGGGUCUUUGCUUGAACUUGCUUGUCCAGUCACAACCAGUGUUCAACCACAAACUCAGCAAGAGCAGCAGAUCCAGGUUCAGCAGCCACAGCAGGUUCAGGUACAGGUGCAGGUACAGCAGUCUCCACAGCAGGUCUCAGCUCAGCAGCUUUCCCCGCAGUUCACCGUUCACCAGCCUGCUGAGCAACCCAUCCAGGUCCAGGUGCAGAUCCAGGGCCAAGCACCACAGUCCGCAGCCCCCUCCAUCCAGACUCCAUCACUGCAGAGCCCCAGCCCCUCGCAGCUGCAAGCAGCCCAGAUCCAGGUGCAGCACGUGCAGGCAGCGCAGCAGAUCCAGGCUGCAGAAAUCCCAGAGGAGCAUAUCCCACAUCAACAGAUCCAAGCUCAGUUGGUGGCAGGCCAAUCUCUUGCUGGGGGCCAGCAGAUUCAAAUUCAGACCGUGGGUGCUCUUUCCCCACCACCCUCCCAGCAGGGCUCACCCAGGGAAGGGGAGCGGAGGGUUGGCACAGCCAGUGUCCUUCAACCAGUGAAGAAACGCAAAGUGGACAUGCCCAUCACCGUGUCCUAUGCCAUCUCAGGGCAGCCAGUGGCCACCGUGCUGGCCAUUCCACAAGGCCAGCAACAGAGUUACGUGUCUUUGAGGCCAGACUUACUGACAGUAGACAGUGCCCACCUGUACAGCGCCACUGGGACCAUAACUAGCCCUACAGGAGAAACUUGGACCAUCCCUGUUUAUUCCGCCCAGCCCCGGGGGGACCCUCAGCAGCAGAGCAUUACCCACAUUGCCAUUCCCCAGGAAGCCUACAAUGCGGUUCACGUCAGUGGCUCACCCACGGCUCUGGCAGCUGUAAAGCUGGAGGAUGACAAGGAGAAGAUGGUGGGCACCACAUCUGUAGUGAAGAACUCCCAUGAAGAGGUAGUGCAGACCCUUGCAAACUCUCUCUUUCCAGCACAGUUCAUGAAUGGCAACAUCCACAUUCCAGUGGCUGUGCAGGCUGUAGCAGGCACGUACCAGAAUACGGCUCAGACUGUACAUAUAUGGGACCCACAGCAGCAGCCGCAACAGCAAACUGCACAAGAACAGACACCGCCACAGCCACAGCAACAGCAGCAGCUGCAGGUCACUUGUUCAGCACAAACUGUUCAGGUCGCUGAAGUUGAGCCACAGUCACAACCGCAGCCUUCACCAGAGCUUUUGCUUCCAAAUUCACUGAAGCCAGAAGAAGGGCUAGAAGUAUGGAAAAACUGGGCUCAGACCAAGAAUGCUGAACUAGAAAAGGAUGCUCAAAACAGAUUGGCCCCCAUUGGGAGGCGCCAGUUGCUACGAUUCCAAGAAGAUCUGAUCUCAUCUGCUGUGGCUGAAUUGAAUUAUGGCCUUUGUUUAAUGACACGAGAAGCUCGGAAUGGAGAAGGUGAACCCUAUGACCCAGAUGUACUCUACUACAUUUUCUUGUGUAUACAGAAGUAUCUUUUUGAAAACGGAAGAGUAGAUGACAUAUUCUCUGAUCUUUACUAUGUUCGUUUUACCGAAUGGCUACAUGAAGUUCUGAAGGACGUUCAGCCCCGGGUCACUCCACUUGGCUAUGUUCUGCCCAGCCACGUGACUGAAGAGAUGCUGUGGGAAUGCAAGCAGCUUGGGGCACAUUCCCCUUCUACACUGCUGACCACCCUCAUGUUCUUCAACACCAAGUACUUCCUGUUGAAGACAGUAGAUCAGCACAUGAAGCUGGCGUUCUCCAAGGUCCUCCGACAGACAAAGAAGAGCCCCUCGAAUCCUAAGGAUAAAAGCACUAGUAUCCGCUACCUGAAGGCCCUCGGAAUACAUCAGACUGGCCAGAAAGGUAGGGAUACCAGGCAAAAGUGCUUAUCGUGUGCUGACUUUGUCCUAUGGGAAUGUGUGUGCAAGUUGAGGUUCUCUGGGCAGCACAGCUGUUUCCCUCUCAGCACUUUCCACUCCUCAUCCCUUUCCUCUCUAACCCAGCCUCUCUCUCCUGGGGUGGCUGAAUGCCUAAAGUUAGUAUGUAGGUUUGCAUCACCAUGCCAGGUCUGUCCUGUGUGUGUGUUGGUGUUUGUUUACCCCACACGCAUGCUUGUCCUUGGCACAGGUGCCACCAUACACAUGGUUGGAGGAUAACUCAGUUUUCUCUUUCUUUGUGUUGAA